AUGGGCAGUAUCAGGACGUUUCAAGCCUUGAGGCUUCACGGUAACAGAGACAUUCGACUGGACGAAGUCGAAUCGUUACCCUGUGGCCCCCAUGAAGUCCGCCUGAAGAUUGCCUACUGCGGCAUAUGUGGCUCCGACAUCCACGAGUUCGUGGCCGGGCCUCUCUUCUGCCCCCAGGCAGGCACCACAGAUCCCUACACGGGCAUCGGACUGCCCGUCACGCUGGGCCACGAGAUGUCAGGAAGCAUCGUCGAGGUGGGAUCCAAUGUGCACCAUCUGCAUCCCGGGCAGAAGGUCUGCGUCAACCCGUCCAUCCACGACGCACACUAUGGUGUCGAGCCGUGCUCAACCUGCAAGAUCGGCCGGGCCAACAUCUGCAAACGAUGGUCGACGUACGGUCUGUCCGGCUCCGGGGGAGGCUUUGCGGACGAGAUCGUCCUGAAUGCUCUGAACUGCAUCCCUCUGCCCGAGGGGGUCUCGUUGAAGAUAGGGGCCCUGACGGAACCUUUCGCCGUAGCGUGGCAUUGCGUCCGCAUCUCGGGCUUCGUGCCCGGUCAAGACGUGCUCGUCCUAGGCGCCGGUCCCAUCGGCCUGGCCCUGUUGGCGGUCCUGCGAGCCCGGGGCGCCCGCAAGAUCAUCGUGUCGGAAAUCGCCGAACAAAGAGCUCGUCAGGCCCGCGAGCUGGGGGCCGAUGUCGUUAUCAACCCGCUCGAGAAGAAGCCCGAUGGGCGAGGCGAACAGCAGCAGAGCAAAAGGAGCAGUGAGCAGGACCCGGUCACGCUGGCGAUCCACGACAUGCUCGGCGACGGCGUCGACAUCGCCUACGACGCCAGCGGGCUGCAGUCGACGCUAGACACGGCGAUCCGAUCCGUCAAAUCCGUGGGGACCAUCUUCAACGUGGCCAUUCAUGAAAAGCCGCUGAUGAUCAAUCUCAACCAGCUGGCCGUGGGGGAGAAGAGGCUCAUGGCCGGUGCAGCCUACACGAACGAGGAUUUCAUGCCGGUCCUCGACAUGAUGACAGCCGGUACCAAGAUGUUUGAAAGUUUCGUCAGCGCCGUGGUCCCGUUGCGCGACAUCGUCCAGGGCGGGUUCCAGGAGCUGAUGGACCACAAAGACCGCCAUCUCAAAAUCCUGAUCCAGCCGGAGUCGAACUCAGAUGGUGAGAAGAACGUGCCAGGAAUAGAGAGCUGA